UCGUACGAGUGAACACGAACCACUUUUCUCAAACUGUUAAAUAACCACAAAUACACACAAGAUGAGCACCUCAGAUAUAAUGCGUAGCAAACAAGCGAGUGAGUCCAAAAUCGAUGAUAUUCGGAGCGCUCAAAUCGAUUUUUCCGCGACUCGGGCCGAUCGAAUAAUGUUGGUUCUUCGAGUUUUAAAACAGGCUGUGGCUCGUCUUAAAGUUAACUUGAUCGUGCCCCAACUGCUCGAAGAUCCGAAAAACUUGAGGCGUGUUGUGGAGGGCACGAAAUAUGAAGCGGUCAUUGGUUUGGUUAACGAUUUUAUGCGGCGCCGCGAUAUAAUUGUCACGGAACAACGCUCGCCUCUAAUGGAUCAUGGCAUGAUCAAAAUCAUUGACUUCUUUCAACGUAAUUAUGAACUGGCCAGUUACUUCCCAAACUUUCUUGAGAAUCUGAAUCGCGAGGAGUUAAAGCAGCUUAGAGCAUACGAGAUGCUUUAUGAAGUCACCGAGGAGCAUUUGUGGCGUACGCCGAAACGUGAAAUUGCCAAGGAGCGUAAGUUAUAUCAGGUGUACCAUGAAAAUGAGGCCAUCAAGACCAGCAUUUCUGAACUGCGUGCAAAGCUGCACAAGCAAAAAAUCGCGCUUCGCUGGAAAAUGGCAGCGAAGGAGAUCUUCCUGGAGAAAUACGAACAUGAUCUCGCCCUUAAAAGAUGGCAAAACAACAUGACUAUACAGAAUGAAAUUGAUAAGUGUACCCGUUCUGCACGCUCCAAUCACAAGACCAGUGUUGAAAAGCUUAAGGAAAUUGAGGAAGAGUUGGAAAAAGCCCGCCUAGCAUACCAGAAGAGUAAUGCUCAUAAUCUGCAAUUGGAGAAAGAGGCGCGUGAAGAGAAAAACAAACUGUUGCUACAGCUUCAGGGACUGCUCAAGAAGUACGAUAACAAUAUUGGUGAGAAAAUGCGUGAAAACCUACAGCUGCAGGACACCUAUAAGGCAGCCAAGAAGGAGUUGGACGAAUUCAUGGUAUACUUUCGCCAGGAAGAGGCUGUCUACAAAGAGGUGGUUGUGAAGCGUGAAGAGGAGGAGCGUCGCCAGCAUCAGCGAAGAGUUGUCAAUUUCAUGAUGAAUCGAGCAGCGCGCAAAAUUCAAAAAUAUUGGCGCAAAUGGCGCAAGGAUCGACGUAAGAGAAUGCGAAAGGGCAGGAAGUAAACGUUUGAUGACAGCAACCCACUCAGUUUUUCAAGAUAUCUACAAUAAUGCUUAUAUACAACUAAGUUGAAAGACUUAAAUAAAAGAGGCAGACUUUUCGAAUUUA